AUGAGUUUAGAUAGUUCUAACAGUUCAAGGAAUGUGCCUGAGGGAUAUUUACAUAAAUGGAAAACAUUUUUGGAAUUCCUACAAAAUGAAAAUUUAAAUACAGAAAUUUUAAUAAUGGUAAAAUUUGGAGAGUGGUUCUAUGAAAAAAUAAUAUAUUUUUUAAUUGGCUCUGAUACUAACUCUAGUCACCCUCUACCAAAUGGGUAUUGUGCACAUCAAAUGCCUGACAUGGUUCAAACUUGGAUUAGUGAAUUAGAGAAUGUUGUGCAGGCACCUGAAGAAGUCUUCAUGGAUGAAUUAUUGGCAGCUUGUGAUCAUUUGAAUGAACAGGAAUUUCUGGAUCUGGCUCAAAGAAUGAAAAUAGUGGAGGGUGUAAAUUCAGUGCCCUGUCCUAUAUGCAAUAAAGACCAUGAAAAAGAUAAUAUAACGAAUAAUAUAAAUGGACAAUGGGGUAGUGGUGAUUAUGUCAAUACAGAAACAUAUCGUCUCAAAUGUUGGGGGGCUUGUCAGAAUUCAAUCCAAAUAGUAACUGUGAAAGUUUAG